CACAAUUACGCACGGCGCGACUCUGCGCACUGCUCUGUCCCUUGAUUGCGAGACAUUGCUGCCAUAGAGUAUGCUGCUACUGCCCUCGCUGGGCUUCGGGGGGACUACAAGUUCCAAUCCGUAAUCGUGAGCCUUUCCCAACUAUAACUAUAUACGAAAGAUACUAUCUAUACCGACAUUAUUACUGAUGCAAAGCAGGAUUCAGGCAGGAGAUUUCGGGAGCCGGCUCCUGAAAGCGACACAACCACACAUACCUAGAACAUUGUAUUCAGACCCGGAAGAACCACUGCCGUUUGGUGACCCACCAGCCGCCGCAAAAACAACUGAAACGCAGUCCCCUCCCGAACCCAUUGAAUCGUUUCAGACCACCAGUCUACCUGAGAAAUUGAGCCCGGAUCCAACGCGACUGCAAGCGGAACAAUUGGAGAAAGUGGCCGGGGUUGAGAAGACACCAAGGAGGUACCUCGGGCGGAAACAUAAAUACAAAAUCUUUGAGUUGGAUUACAGCAAGGUGUACAACAUCAGGCGUCCGAAACCUGAAGAAUCUGUAGGAGUGCAAAGCCGCGGAGACUCUAUUGAUAUCGCGCAGAAACACAAGCAUCACUCUGCCGUGCAGCCUUCGACAACGCCGCAACAGUCAAAGUCAUCUCGCACGUCGUCCUGCGCUAGAAACUACGUUGAUCUUGCAAGGCGUGCAAAACACGUCCUACUGCUUGGUUUAAAGCUUGCUGAUAAGCGUUCUCUAUUUUUUGAAGCCGAGAUUCCACAAGUCAAGUUUGUCGCGUCUGAAUCCAGAGACCCAUUGCCCAUUUCUCCUGAGCCAAAGAAGCCUAUACUAUCACUUGACGUACCGGUAGAUACCAAGUUGACUAGUAAGGGAGGUCGCUCUGAGGGUUUCUCAGAUACAUUACAGCAACUUACUUCCUCUAUUCCCUCGCUUACCUACACGGAUACCACGAAGACGCCCACGUCGCCAGACGAUAUCAUAGCGCUUAGUGAGCUAUCGACACUGAAGAGUCUCUCCAAAUCGUCGCCUCCUCUAAAGCUAGGACCGAACCUGCACUUAGGCUCAGGAACAACGCCAGAACCACAAUUGAACCUAAUAUCAAACUCGACAUCUAGACCAACACCUGUACAUCAAGGGCCGCCUAUACCUACUCCAGUACUCCCUGAUAGGAGGCCCCAGCAGCGUCAGGGAAUCGAUCCAUUGUUUUGGCAAGCUUACAUACCUGGCUCAGGUGACCCAGGAGCAAGGUUUCCCGCGGAACUGAAUCAAGUGAGAAGUGUAUCGAGAGCAAGUCUUCGUCCUUGAUCUCGACGCAAAUCACUUCCAAAACGUUAUCCUAAAAUUAUUAUAGAAAAUCCCACACGAGCUAUCGUCCUCCAAACCCUUGCCCCCUCAAUCGUUUGACCUUACUCAGGCUCAGUACGUCGCGCGCCAUCGAUCUCCUCC